AUGUCGAAGUGGCGGUGCAUCUCCAGGAAGUACGUGGAGAUCCUGGCAUCAUGUCCCCAAGUGCUGCUGGUCGCUGCGUUGCUGUUUGUUUUAUUUUGCCUGCCGGCAGCAAUGCGGUUUCUGUCAUGUACACAGAAUAUCUACAGCGAAGUCGCGGGCUCCCCGGCAGCGAUUGCACGUGAGCACCUCCGGCAGUACUUUGGGCACGAGCCUCCGGAAUGCGAUGUGAUCCUGGUACAGCAGCCUCGAGAGGGCGCCUACCUGGAGCAGCCCGAUUUGCUGAAAUCUGGAUUGCUAGCAGCGGUCACCGCCAAGACAGAGCAGUUCUUGACUGACCGCGGCUUCUACGAUGUUGAGGUUGACUCCUAUAUCGGCCUUGAGGGGCAGGGCCUCCCCAACAUCGGCGCACAGCUGAUAUCUUCAGAUAAGAGAUCUUCGAUGCUCGUGCUGCGGCGCAUCGGCGUGCCCAUCAACAAGACUGUGGGAAGCGCUGAGAACGAGCUCGUGAGCGAACUUAGAUCAACAUUCCUGGGGAACCAUGCAGCUGGAGGCGAAGCCUCAAUUAGCUACAUUGGCGUCGCCGGCAUAGCACCUUUCGUCGUCGAUGGCACCAAGUCGGCUGCGCGCGAUUUGGCGCGGAGCAAUCCUCUUUGUAUCCCACUGUGCUUUGCUGUUUUGGCCUCAGUGGUACAAUCCUGGCGUCUCAUGCUGAUCACGCUGCUCUGUAUGUUCUGCGCCAACACCCUCUGCUUCGCAGUGCUGACGUGGAUAGCCGAGUCCGGCUGGAUCAUGUCUACUAGUGUUCCCAUCAUGUCCGAGUCCACGCUGAUGGCACUGACUUUUGACUACUCUCUCUUCCUGCUCGUCCGCUUUCAGGAGGAGCUAGCGCUAGGUGCCGGAUUGAUGCAGGCAGUGUCAGCUUCCAUCCGGCGCAGCGGCCAUGUGAUCCUAGGAUCCGGACUCACUUUGUGCUACUGCUCCCUGGCGGUGCAGCAGCUACCCCUGGAGGAGUCCCACAGUCUCAGCAUAGGCAUCCUCAUGGCGAUUCUGUGCGCAAUGGCCGUCAACAUGUUCGUGACUCCUGCCGUUCUGCUGGCUUUCCCCGAGUUCCUCACCUUCGGGGCGCUACGUGGAGAUGCCAUGCGGAAGGAGAACACGGAAGAGGUCAAGCACAACGAGAAUGCCAGUGGGACGAUCGUGAUGGCUGCUGCCAGCAGGUUGGGCGUCCUUCGUCAAGAGAGCAGUCGGACCUAUGACUUCGAAUCCAACGACGACGAGAAUGUGUACAUCUCCACCUCGGAUGACGAGCCGGAGGUUGGACAGAGCCUGUCUCGCACAGAGGGCAAGCUCCGCCGGCGGGCUUUGGCACAGCAGAACGUGUCCAGCUUCUGGCAGUGGUGGUCCCGAGUUUGCACGACCUCCCAGUGCUCCUUUUGCGUCGUCGGGAUUGUGAUCAUCGCCUGCAUCAUGGCGAUGACUGGUUCAACUGCGAUCCACUUGAACCUGACACAGGUGACGAUGGACUUUGCGCUAUUGGGCCCCGAGGGCUCCCAGACGCUGGAGACCUUGGACCGUAUUGGCCAGGAUUUCUCCAAGGGCAUCAUGGGCCCCACCACCGUCAUGUUCGUAGCCCGAGGGGUCGACUCCCUCCAAGCCGAGAGGGGCGCGAUCUACACGCCGGAGGUGUGGAAGAGCAUGAACUUCAUGCUCAAGUUCAUCGAGAAAGAGUUGCUUGACGGAGGACGGCGUGGCUCCAUUGCUUCGCCUGUGUACCUCAGCAGUCAUGCUCACUCACCCAUCGAAGUGCCGGCCAAUUCCGCCAAAAGUGCGGACGAGACGCAGGUCAGUCUGACCACGAUGGUCCAGGUCCAGGAGCUGAAAUAUAUCCUCGACCAGAUGCUGAAUGCCGAAAGAACGGCAUCUUUGGCAAUGAUCACACCGGACUUGAGAAUGACAUCCCCAGAAGCCAUCGACUGGACAAGGCAACUUCGGGACAUCAUCCGCGUUCAGAAUGCGAAUGCCCAGUCGCCUGUCGAUGUCUACAUGGUCUCACAGACCGCAGCCAUGAUGGAUGUCGAGGAAGGUGUCUUCGGCCGUGUGCCGAAUCUCGUCCUCUUCAGCCUCAUUGGCUGCCUUUUGAUGAUGGGCGUCCUCUUCCGCUCAGUCAUGAUCGCAGUCAGAGGACUCGUGACGAUCGUUUUCACCCUAGCUGUUGUCUACAUGGCAGCUCAUUGCAUAUUCCAGCUUGGUGCUCUUCGCGACUUGGGAAUCCCAGUUGGCGGCACGCAAGGACUCUUUUUCAUGGUGCCCGUGACAACCUUCACCAUCGUACUAGGACUCGCCCUGGACUAUGACAUCUUCCUCCUGGGGCGAAUGUCGGAGCUGCGUGAGCGUGGCUUCUCUACCCUGGAUGCAGUAGCUGAUGGAGUGGCGCAAACCGGCCACGUAAUCACCUGCGCAGGGAUGAUGAUGGCCAUCGCAUUUGGGGGCAUGAUCCUGUCGGAGGUGCCCUCCAUGCGGCAGGCAUCCUGGAUCUUCGUCAUGGCUGUCCUCCUGGACACUUUCGUAGUUCGCACAGUGGUCACCCCGGCUCUCACCGCUGCGAUGGGAGAGCUGAACUGGUGGCCCCGGGAGUUCAGGCCACCUCUCGAUGAUGCCUUCGCAAAGGGAGCCUCCACUUGA